AUGCGCUCGACUCAUCAGAUCUACCUCCCUACUGAAAUCAUCGUGCACAUUGUCCGGUUCAUUGCCGCAGACGGGGAUCGCCGCCAAUCGACGUUACAUGCAUGCUGCUUGAUAUCGCGCCAGUGGUAUCUGGUAGCGGUUUCAUUCCUCUAUGAGAUGCCCCAACUGGGUAUGGGCACUGCUUUUACGCUGUUCACAAACACUGUGGCACCGCCCAUUCGUGUGCGAAAGAGACGUGUUAAUCUAGGAAGUCUUGUUCGGCGACUGGAUUUGAGUGCGCUUGUUCAUCACAGCUCCAACAGUUUGACAGCCAGGCUAUUGAAUCGAGUCAAGGAGAACCUGGAAAUUUUCAUUGCCCCAAGGGUCUCGUUUUCAUGGAAUAGUCUCCCUUCAUUAUCCAAAUGCCUUAACCUCCGCUACCUCGACCUAGCCCUAGUCAGCGACCCGGUCCCCUUCUCUAGUCUAGAGAAAGCCCUAAGACAUCUCGAGAAACUCAACACCCUUCGACUGCCCCGUCACACAUCCCUUACUACACCCACAGCAAACUGGCCCCCGAGACUCCAACGGCUACAGGUCAGCGGCACAUUCUCCCCAUCAACAAUCUCAUCCUUCCCCUGGCCCCCUCUCCUCGCCUCUCUGACCCUGAAAAACUGUGACGAUCUCUCUGUCAGCUCCCUGGGCCCUUUCCUGAGUAACCCCCAACUAGACAGGGGCUUGAAACGCCUCACGGUCUCCAACUUGAACCGUAAUCUCCAGCCAGAAUCUAUCAAUGCCAUCCCCGCCUUUCUCCCCAAUUUGACCUUCCUCAGUGUCCCCGGUGACUUAGUGGAGGAUACCUUCCUUGACAUCGUCGCUCAUAUGGCGCCACUGUCCCUGCAGGUGCUAGAGUUCGGGUAUCCAUAUAGUGAUGCGGAGCUGGGCUUUCGCACGAAAUCCCUACAUGAGGCGCUAAAUGGCGGCCUCGCCGAGCUGCGAUCCGUGGGCUUCGCAGAGGUCUUCGUCACCGAACAGCGGAUCGUCGAGGACGAGGAAAUAGAGCUCGCAUUACAGGCGCUUGCUAUCAAGCGGGCGAGAGAUGGGCCUGUCGAUGGCCACGUUGAUACCGACGUGGGAGUCUAUUACCUGUAG